AUGCUGAACAAGGAGGAUUACCUAAUUUCCCUUUUUGAUAUAGUUGAAGGGUUCCAUAAUUACUGCACAUUGUACAAGAAGAAACACUGCAGCAGUUUUAUUUUUUCUAGUAAUGUGCUCACGCAAAAUGAGAGAAGUAAAGAUGCACAAGAUUUUAAAAGGGCCUUUAGCGCCUUUGUAAGCAAAAUAGAAUUUUUACAUUUUCACAUUGUAGAGAAGGGCAUCCCGUGUGAGAAUGUCGAGAGUGCAUGUGUGGGACAGGGUAAAUGCAAAAGUGAGGAGCCUCAGGGACAAAUGCAUGGUAAGGAGAAAAAUGAUCGUUGCGGAGACCAAAUCCAAAAUGGAUUCCCCCAGAAUGAAUCUACGUAUAAUGACGCACAUUUGGGAAGCGACGUGAAACAGUACAAUGGGGGUGAAAAUAAAGUAGACGUAAGGGAAGGAGCGGGGAAGAAUCACCACACGGAGAAGACAAAUGAGGAGGAUUAUAAAAAAAAUUUCGGUCAGACAAACUGCUUCGACUUCCACGAUGUAGAAAGGCAAGGUAGAAAUAAAAACUACUUGUGUGGGUUCCAUUCGUCAGAGUCCAAUUGCAGCGACGCGGAUGAUUCUUCAAACAGCACAGAUUUGUGCGAAGAAAACAGGGACCUAAUACUUAGCCAAAGAAAUGAAACCCUAAUCAGAUACGUCGCAGGCUUAGACUAUGCCCUAAAUGUCAGGAGAGUGUCCAAGGAAAUGUUAAUAGAAGAAAUUAAAGAAUUCUUUAAAGUGCAUAAUAGCAACGUUAGAUUAAGCAAAUACUCCUCCUUUUUAAGUGACGAAACUAUGAUUAUGUUAAAGAGGAGGGCCCAAAAUCAUGAUGGAUGUGAAGAUGAUUAUGAUGAUGGUUAUUAUUUAAAUGUAGAGAGGAAGUACACACAUAAGUAUAAAAAUAAAACCUUCUUUUUCUCCAUCCCUGGGAAUUAUUUCUUUAUAAAAAAUUACGAUGACCAAAGUAGGGACACCUUUUCCAUCUCCAACUACACCAACUAUGAGAGAAGCUCAAAUGGCAUUACCCUAUACACACUGUCUAAUAAUUCAUCAAGCAUAAACGGAAACAACUCCAAUUUGUAUACGGACAAUAUGCUAAGUAGAAAUGGCUCUUGCAACAAGUUUAGCUCACCAACAUUUGGAAUGGAAGUAGAGCGACAGAUGUCUCCUAUCUUUGGAAAAAUGGAGGAGGAAAAUAAAAGUGCACACUGUGCGUGUAACGAAUUUGAGAUUAAUUCCUAUCAAUCUAAUGAAGAAAUGGACAAUGCUUAUUUGACGCCCAAUUUGAAAAGUAACCCGAGGAAGGAAAACCAUAUAAAAUUGAACAAACAGGAAAGAUUCAUUCAAGAAAAGGAGAAUAAUGUAAGCGAUUUUCCCCCUCACAGCAGUGGCAGUUACAAACAUAAUGAUAGAAUUGGCAAAAGUGUUACCAAUAAAUGGGAGAAGAACAACACGUAUGAAAUUGAUAGCAUACAGAAGAAAAAAAACAACCUACAUAGUAACACGAGCGAUUUCUAUCAAAGUAUAAGGGACUUUUACAAAAGUAAGGAAAAUGGUAAUAACUCCUGUGAGGAAGGAAGCAACACCUGCAUGAAGAAUAGCUCCCUCUUUUUGAAUAGCAAUGAAACGAGUGUACAAACGAAUAAUAAAAUUUACCAAGAAAACGAAAAGAACAUAAUUAACCUAUUUUUUGAUGAUGAGCUGUCAAGCGCGAUAACUAUAAAUAAUGAGUCCUCCUUCAGUAAAGGAGUGGAAAGCUGCAGUCGACAUCAUAUCCAGCAUAAGGAUAUUCCAGAUGUAGAUGGGGGAAAUUUUGAGCAGAGUGAUAAAGAUGUGUCAAGUGACGAGAACCACCACGAUGAUGUGGAGCAAGCAGUAAAGUACGAACGGGAUGAACAUAAGUGGAUGGAUGAGUACUGUGAGGGAGAUUACAAUAUGUUUAGGUCAAAACAGAUUAAGAAAAAAAAAGAGCUAACGCUUGGAUGGUCAACUGUGAUAUCCAGUGAAGAGGAAAUGGAAAAGGGAUCCCAAGAACAGGGGGAACAAAAGAACGUUAAAACGGACCAAGUCACCAUUUUCCAUAAAGAAGGCCACUUUGGAAGUAACUACGACAGUGACCUUACCAGGGUUGACCAAAAUUCUUGUGACCACACGUAUAACGCAAUUAACCUAAGGAUCAUAUACGAAACUAACAAGGGCGAACUGAAUUCCAAGGGGGAAAUCCAUUUUUUCUCGGGUCAGCUAAUUUUGAAUAAAUAUAAAGUGGUAAAAAUUUUGUCCAAAACUAAGUUCAGCACCACGCUUAAGUGUUUAAAUGUGCUAUACAGGAAAGGGAAAGGCGGGGGUGGUGUUCAUCAGGUAUAUAAUUAUAGGCAGAGUUAUUCAAGGACAUGUUCAAUGGGACGCACAAGCGAUUCCUUAGUGGUCAAUAGUUCAACCAAUGUAGAAGAUUCGACAGGGGAAAGGACUCCACGUAAAAAACUCCAGGAAGGACAAGAAAAAUGUAUAUGCAAUGACGAACCCCCCUGCGCAGCCAGAACUGCGAGGGAUAAAAACUACAAGUACGUGUGCUUAAAGGUAAUGAAAAAUGGAAAGAGUUUCCUAGACCAAGGAUUGUUGGAGCUGAUCGUUCUAAACAUGUUAUCGAAUAAGAGUAGCGACUCCACAAAAAAUGGAAAGGGGAAGACGCACACAAAUAAGAACAUUAUACAACUGUAUGAUUACUUUUACUUCAAAGAACAUCUAAUUAUAGUGACGGAAUACAUGCAGAGCGAUUUGUACAAUUAUUUUAUUAAAAAGGGUAAGAUAGGGACUCUGGGGCAGCUACAAAUAUUGGCCAAGAACUUGCUGGAAGGCUUGGCAUUUAUCCAUUCCAAAAAUUUAGUACACUGCGAUUUGAAACCUGAAAAUAUUAUGAUAAACAUGAAAAGGGGGAAGAGAAAAAUGAAAGGAGUAGACAAAGGAGGGCGCUUAGAAAAAGGUUCUGACUCAGGUUUAGUAACGUUGGGUAGUACACACAAGAGCAAGUCUUCCACGCACAAGGACGUGUUUGUACCGGAAAAGGAAAAGUUAUGUUUUCCAGCCAAUUUGAAGGAUAAACAAAAUAAUAAUAGUAGUAAUAGUAGUAGUACCAACAAGGCUGUCGCAGAAAGACACAUUUUUAGCAGCGAAAAAUUUGAAAAAAUAAAAAUAAUAGAUUUUAACAGCUCUAUAUACGAAAGCGACAAGCUAGAAAUGUACGUUCAAACGAGAUCGUAUAGAUCUCCAGAAGUUUUACUACAACAAAAUUACGACAAAAAAAUUGAUAUAUGGAGCUUAGGUUGCAUAUUGUUUGAAUUUUUAACGAAGAAAAUUCUAUUUGAUCAUCAAAAUAUAUAUCGAUUUAUAUAUUCUAUAGCGUCCUACAUUGGACCCUUUCCAUUUUAUAUGAUAAAGGGUUGCCGUAUGCCAUAUCUGUUCACAAAGCACGGAUUAAUAAUUUUGAGUAAGAUAAGUGUUGACAAAAGUUAUGGUAACUGCGUUAAGGAAGAACCACUUGAUGAGGUGGAUGACGAAUCGGUCAUGUUUAACUCAAAAGACUUCUUCCGUUUAAAUAAAAAAGAAAGCCACACAAAUGAUUUAUUAAAAGGUACCCACGCAAAUCAGGGUUCGCAGUACUCGUUAAAACCACGUAAAGAAAUUUAUUAUGAUGUUUGCUACCCAAGUGACAACUUGCUAAAACGUAAUUUUCAUAUUGAAGAUACUUUAUUUUUAGAUUUUCUCUUGUCACUACUGCAAAUCGACCCAUGCAAACGGCCUAAUGCGGAUGAGGCAUUGGAACAUCCUUGGCUGAAGCCGAACAUUUACCAUGACGGAUUAUGA